GCUCAGAGCUAUCCCUUAUACAAGAAAGCAGCCAGGCCAGGCUCUUCACAAGCGUGGAAAUAUCUACCAGCAGCCUGCCGGAUAACAUCUCACCAUGUGCCGAGGACUUGAUCUACUGCCAGUCACAUGCCUCGAAAGAGCCAAAGAGCUGAAAGCUCUAUUUGGAAAUUUGCUGCACAAAUCGGAUCACAGCAUCCCUGUGCAACCCCCAAAAAGUGAAACUCACAGUGUUGAUGAGCGCACGAAAUGGAAGGACUCAUUUGAAAAACUGCUGUCUAGUCAAAAUGGGCUAUGUCUAUUUCGAGCUUUUCUCAUGUCAGAAUUCAGCGAGGAAAAUAUUGCCUUCUACUUGGCAUGUGAAGACUACAGGACUUUGAAACCCUCGAAAAUGGCCGUUAAGGCCAAGCAAAUCUUCGAUGAGUUCAUCAGUACAGAUGCACCCCGAGAGGUAAAUCUUGAUCACGUCACUAAAGCGAUCACCAAAGAGAAUGUAGAGCAUCCCUCCAAGUCAUGUUUUGAUCUGGCCCAAGCCAAAAUUUAUACUCUGAUGGAGAAGGACUGCUACCCUCGCUUCCUUAAGUCCUUGAGCCAACAGAGUGGACUAAACAACUUUAUCAAGAACUGUGCAGUGAGUGGGAGGCAGAUGUGAUUUUCCCAGCAGAGGAGAUGCAGAAGCUAAGAAGUAUGCAGCAAAUACGCGAGCCGAGGAGGGUCGGCAGGCCAGGGUCGGAGCUGAAGCACUUGAAGCUGUGAGGAUGCGCACCGAGCUCCUCGUAAGAAGACGUCGAAAUGAGUUUUCACACAAUGCUGACGGCCACAGCAGUGUCAGCGUUAAACAAUGAAGAAACAGACGUGUUUCUUUCACACAACAAACCCCAUCGUAUUAAUUUAUUCUUCAUUAAAUGUGUAUUUAUAUUGAAAACAAUGAAUGUUUGCAUUGCAACUGUUUUGUGUUUUUUCUAUUGUACAAAGUGGAAUAAAUGCAACAAUUAAAGCGAGGCACGGAUGUCUCUGGAAUAUUCUGUUGUUGCCGAAAUGCCAUUAAACAUAUGCAGUCUCUUUAGUUCCAUUUAACUAACAGACUAUACGACUCGUUUUAUCCAUGAAUGGACGAGAUUCAACUCAUUGGGUGCCGUAGACAAAAAUAGACGUCCAAUCACUGUCACUGCCAAUCAAUGAGUUAAAGGUAAAGAGAUGUUUACUCUGUGAUUGUUGCAGAAUAUGGGAAAAGAGACGGCGGUUGUCCAGUGUCUUAUGCAUCAGAAGCAGAGGGCCUGCUAGCUUUGUGCUCACAAACCACCACAUUAGCCAGUUGUUUUCACAGGCAUGUAUAUGGAAAUUGAAAACGUUUGAAAUUGGUUCUCAAAGCGGAAGUUACACUGUGAGCAUAGAUACAGUGCUAGACAAAAGUAUUGCAAUUCUGUCAUAUAAUGCUGAAUUUCUCCCUGAAAAUGAUUGCAAUUACGAAUGCUUUGGUAUUAAUAUCUUCAUUUAUUUUGCUUGCAAUUAAAAACACAAAAUUAAAAACACAAAAGAGAAUGGGGAAAAAUCAUUAUCAUUUUACACAAAAUUCCAAAAAUGGGCCGGAAAAAAGCAUUGACACUCUUUGAAAAAUCAUGUGAUGCUUCUCUAAUUUGUGUAAUGAACAGCCCCUGUUACUUACUGUUAGGUUUUGUGUUGGUUUUCUCCUUGUGUGACUUGUCUCUGUGAUUGCCCAUUGAUUUCACCUGUUGUGCCUUCUCCCAGUGUCCUGCAAUCUGCAUCCUAGUGUGUUACCCAGCUGUUCCUCGUUGUCUUGUUACCCUUUGUCUACGUGUGUGUAUAUAAGCUCCCAGUUUUUUUCAGUCCUUGUUGCGUCAUCGUCAAUGUCAAUGCCCAUGUGCUUGUCGAUGUCAGUCUCCUCCGUCAGUGUAUAUGUCAACGCCAGUUUCAAGUCCUGUCCAAGCCCUCGUGUUCGUCU